AUGUCAAACUUCUUGGACUUAUAUGAUCCCCUGGAUGUCAUUGGGAACGGCUCUUUCGGGAUAAUACGCAAAGUGAGGAGAAAAUCGGAUGGUCUCGUCUUUGCGCGAAAAGAAUUGAAUUUUGAGCGCAUGACCGAGCGUGACAGAAAGCAGAUAGUUUCGGAAGUUAACAUUCUAAAAGAGUUGCACCACGAACAUAUUGUACGAUAUCACGACCGCCAUGUUGAUAGAGAAGCAGGUAUACUCUACAUCCUUAUGGAGUAUUGUGGAGGUGGCGAUCUAUCUACAAUAAUCAAACAAGCGCAAAGGCACAAUCGACCGAUACCUGAGGACACUAUUUGGAAUUAUUUCAUGCAGAUUCUUCUCGCUCUGCAUCACUGUCAUCAUCCCAAUGGUCCUGGAAAGUCAGGUAGCUCUGGGUCGGACGGUGAAAGUAAAGAUAAGCGAGCGCAAGUUCUCCACCGUGACUUGAAGCCGGAUAACGUAUUUCUUGACGAAGCAAAUACUGUAAAGUUGGGUGAUUUCGGUUUGUCAAAGGCCCUUGUGCAAGCGAGUUUCGCAAAUACAUAUGUCGGCACACCAUAUUAUAUGUCACCUGAGCUAAUGCAGGAAAAAGCAUAUGACUCGAAGUCUGAUAUUUGGUCUCUUGGUUGCCUCAUAUACGAGCUCUGUGCCCUCAAACCCCCAUUUCACGAGGCAAAGACCCAUGCAGAGCUCAGCAUAUUUAUCAGGAACGGACGCAUUCCACCUUUACCGAGGGGUUACAGCGUAGCAUUAUCAGGUGUCAUCAAAGCCAUGCUGAACUUGAACCCUGCUAUGAGACCUUCGACGGCUCAAUUACUCCAACAUGAGCGACUUGAACUGGUUUUCAAGGUAUCCGAAACGGAGAAAAUGCUCACCACCGUGAAAAACCAUAAGGCGGCUAUUGUCACAAAGGAACGUGAAAUCGCUAGUCGAGAAGCUGCUUUGGUAGAGAAAGAAUCACGAUUCGAGGCGCUACUCCUUGAGAAAAGCAAUGAACUGGCCAAUCUCUCAAACCUCCUCGCGCAGUCUCGGGCAGAAGUCGAUACGCGAAUACGUGAAGCGAUCACAAAACGUGAAGACGAAUUGCGACUGGCGGUUAUGAAGCGCGAACAGGAGGUUGCAGGCGCUAUGUCGCGAAGAGAGGAGGAGAUAUUGGAGGCUGUGCGUAAGAGAGAGCUGGAGAUCUCAGAGGCAUGGAGAGCCAGGGAAGAGCAAAUUCGGACAGAAAUGAUUGCUGUCGUUGAGGAGAAGAUGCAAUGGGUGGUUAAGAAAGAAGAGGAAUUCGAGGCGGAGCAACAGCGCCUGGAUACUGUACGGCAAGACUUGGAAUGUCGGGUCAAAGCGCUGACUGAGGACAAAUGCACAGAAGUCAAAGGACGCAAAGAAAAGACACCUUUAGAGGAAGUCAAAAAUCUUCUAGCCCCUCUGGUUCAUAUGACAGAAGAAACCAGUCGAAUACGACCAGAAAGAGUUUCAAAACAGGAGUUCCCAAGUCUGGAAACGCCCAACAACCGGAAUAUCGCCAAAGUACCCCCAAACUACAUGCCAUCAGCCAUGAAAGGUGUCGUGUUGACGACGACAGGCCAGCCAUUAGAAACGCCAACGCCUGCCGAGCUUGCCACUUUAUUCGUCAAUUCGCCUAAAGUUGGACUUGACUUUGCGAAGAUAUUUGACUUUGACACUGACGCAGAAGAAGGGUCUGAUGACGACCAUGAUGAGCCACCAUCUCCUUCUAUGCGAGAGAGAACGAAAUCGGAGCAGUCAAACCAUACGCCUGCGUCUGAACCGGACCCAGCGCCUGCACCAUCAAUUCCUCCAACUCGUCUACGAAGACCAUCUAUACGCCGAUCGAUACAACGACCCCCUUUGCAGAAAGCUGUUACACUACCGUCGUCGUCGUCAGAUCCAACGGGGAUAAAGGCUACAUCCCGUGCAUCAUCAAAGUCGGUGAAUACGCGUUCACAGCAGUCCUCGACUUCCACCUCUAAUGGAGCCUCCGUCGCGAGCGCACAGCCUGCCUCGCCGGCAGAAUAUGACAUCUCGGACGAAGAGAAUCUCCCUAGUCCAUUUCUCAAACGUAUAGAAAGAGAGCGUGCGGUUCUUCCAGGGGGUGCUACUCUGAGAACAGCUACAUCGAAGAAGCCAAGCAUGGGGAAUAUGCUGAGGGCAGUGGCUGCUGCCAACUCGGCUGCGAACGCUGCUGGUCGGCCUGGGAGUAUUGGAAAGAGCGCAUCGAAAACGACGACGACGAGUAUUGCGAGACCGUCUCUUACAAGUGCACGCAAAGCGGCCGAGGACGCUCGUAAGGCGUUGUCAAGACCUUGA